AUGCGCGUAUCUUCUUCCUUUUCUAUAGGCGUCAGCGCUAUGUUCGGUGUCUCGACUUUGGCCAACUGUCAACCCACUGCCACCAACCUUCCCAACUGCCCUCCCCGUCCGGCAAACGCAGCCGAGCAGCGAGCCAUCUUCAAUGACUUCGUCAACGACUUCUAUGUUGAGAAGAACACUACAAAAGCUCUUCUGAACCACCAAGCUGAGGAUUACAUCCAACACAAUCCCAACGUGCUCUCUGGUCGGCAAGCCUCCAUUGACUUCUUGGCGACCCUCGUUACGCCGGAUGGGGUCAACAUGACCAUCAUUCAUAACAACUUCGACGAUAAUACGGGCUAUAUUCACUACCGCCUCGAUACCCUUGGUGCCUCUCAGCCUACAGCUAUUGUGGACAUCUUCCGCUUCAACGGGACCUGCAUCGUGGAGCACUGGGACGUGAUCCAGGAACGCCCUGCCAACGCCACGAACCCCCUUGCGUUGUUUUGA